AUGUUAGCACAAGCUGAGGUGCCGGAGAACAGAAUAGCAUUCCGUGAUGCUUCCAUACCCGUAACAUGUGACGUUUUGGCUGUAAUAAAGUCGAGAGACUCGAACCCUGGACCCGUCUCCUGGGAGUACGUCUCCUGCGAGUACGUCUCCUGCGAGUACGUCUCCUGCGAGUACGUCCCCUGCGAGUACGUCUCCUGGGAGUUCGUCUCCUGUGAAUACGUCUCCUGGGAGUACGUCUCCUGGGAGUUCGUCUCCUGUGAAUACAUCUCCUGCGAGUACGUCUCCUGCGAGUACGUCUCCUGGGAGUACGUCUCCUGCGAGUACAUCUCCUGGGAGUACGUCUCCUGGGAGUACGUCUCCUGCGAGUACGUCUCCUGUGAGUACAUCUCCUGCGAGUAUGUCUCCUGCGAGUACGUCUCCUGGGAGUACGUCUCCUGCGAGUACGUCUCCUGUGAGUACAUCUCCUGCGAGUAUGUCUCCUGCGAGUACGUCUCACAGGAACAUGCUACCUGCAUAUCAUGUUACAGUUCCAUUAAUAGUCUCCUUGUAAACUGGCUCAACACGUCAAGUCCGUAUAUGUUCUCUCUUCGACAGUCACGCAGUUUCAGAUCGUCUGACCUUGACUCCGAUGAUGAUGGUCUUAGUCCGCAAUAUUCUCACGGUCACAGUCUUAGUCCGCAUUAUUCUCACGGUCACAGUCUUAGUCCGCAUUAUUCUCACGGUCACAGUCUUAGUCCGCAUUAUUCUCACGGUCACAGUCUUAGUCCGCAUUAUUCUCACGGUCACAGUCUUAGUCCGCAAUAUUCUCACGGUCACAGUCUUAGUCCGCAGUAUUCUCACGGUCACAGUCUUAGUCCGCAGUAUUCUCACGGUCACAGUCUUAGUCCGCAUUAUUCUCACGGUCACAGUCUUAGUCCGCAGUAUUCUCACGGUCACAGUCUUAGUCCGCAGUAUUCUCACGGUCACAGUCUUAGUCAGCAGUAUUCUCACGGUCACAGUCUUAGUCCGCAGUAUUCUCACGGUCACAGUCUUAGUCCGCAGUAUUCUCACGGCCACAGUCUUAGUCCGCAGUAUUCUCACGGUCACAGUCUUAGUCCGCAGUAUUCUCACGGUCACAGUCUUAGUCCGCAGUAUUCUCACGGCCACAGUCUUAGUCCGCAGUAUUCUCACGGCCACAGUCUUAGUCCGCAGUAUUCUCACGGUCACAGUCUUAGUCCGCAGUAUUCUCACGGUCACAGUCUUAGUCAGCAUUAUUCUCACGGUCACAGUCUCAGUCCGCAGUAUUUACGUUUCACUACUGCGUCGGCGUCUCGUGAUAAAUAA